AUGAAUGGGUUCAGAGGUACAGGCAUCUAUCCUUUUAAUAAAAACAUUUUUACGGAUGGUGAUUUUCCAUCGUCGUCUGUUACCGACAGGGAACAAAUUGACUCAGAUAAUCUGGGAACAAGAAAAGCAAUAGUUGAAAUACGAAAUGGCACCCGUGGAAACGAAGCUUCAUCUGACAGUCAAGACAACCCUUCACGUUCAAAUGUUGCCUUUACGUCCAGCGCUGGUUCAUCUGGUACAAUUCAAACUUUGGAUCGCAAAUUAGAUGAGGAAGAGGAAAACUCAAUUGUUGAAACUGAAUCUGUUGGUUUAUAUGGAUUCAACUUCGAGGAUGUCAUAUCGGAAGUAAUUGAAAGGGAGAAGCGCAAAACUAACAUAAUUAUAUUCAAUGUUAAAGAGCCGGACCAGACGAAAUCGAAAAAGAAACAAACCGAGGGUGAAACCACUGCUGUUUUGGAUAUAGUGUCUAAUGUUGAUCCUGAGCUAACGCUGACCUAUUUGAAACGUAUUAGAAUGGGGUCAUUCGCUAAAAACAAAAUGCGUCCUAUAAAAAUCUCAGUCGAAAGCCAUUAUAUUGUUCAAAAAGUCACUAUAAAUGUAAGAAAGUUUAAUACUAACACGAUCUAUAGCAAUGUCAGGAUAGCUCCGGACCGAAGGAAGAAGCAGCUGGAGUACUAUGAGGAGGUCAAGCGUGAGCUGACGCAACGGCACAAUGCUGGCGAUACAAGCUGUCGCAUAAAAUAUGUCAACGAUAUCCUAAAAAUAGUAUGGUAUCAAGGAGAUGGCUGCUCAUGGCAACAAGAUUUUUAUAGCUUUAAACUACUCUUCCAGAGCUAAGAUACUUAAAAGCAAAUGAUUGGAGCAUUAUCACCGGUUGGCAUAAAUAAGAGGAAACGAUACGAAGAGCUACUUGAUACCUACUACCACCGAAGGCACUACACCAGCAGCAGUGCUGGAGAGGAUGAGAGGGUGAUGAUGUGGAACUUAGAAGGAUACUUAACGUAAAGGUGUCCAGUAAUGAUCCAACAGAUCAUAAAGAACUGAAACGGUACAUGUAAAUUAUUUGCUGACGUCGACAGACAUUAGAGGCUGUGUAUAGCGCACCCCAAACACUUUUUGUAUGUUUUCCGAAAAUGAUGGUGUUUGGGCAAUAUGUUUUUGUGAAGUUGUCAGCAGAGGAAAGUGCCCUUAACCAGACCUUUUCGCAAAGAAAAUGCAUCAGCAGAGGUUCCUGAUUAUUUAUAAAAAAAUUUUAGAGGCAAAAAAUUGGAGGGUGGCGUUUUUAUGGGAAUGGGGAAGGGUGCAUCUCUAGUUUUUGAUGUUAGGGUUGCUUAUGUACUUCCGAACAGGUAAUUCUACGCACCAUUAGAUAUAUUUCACAGAUUAUAGAUGUCCCCGUGCUAGAUUUCUUGCGAGGAAAAGCAGGUAGCAGGUGAUGCGGUAUGCAUAUACGAGAAAGAAAACUACAACAUAUCUUCUUUGCUCUGGAGGUUAUCACUGUUUGGGGGCGUAUACGGAGCACUUUUAUAAUUUAAGAACUCAGUAUUGUAGGACAUAUAUGUGAUUUUUCAUGUAUCUGACGCCGAUCCUGCAAGCGUACGGUGAUGCUGAUUGCGUUGUAACAGUGCAAGUGAUGUCAAGCAGAAACAUUGUGGACUGUUUAUGGAAUAUGCAUAUUUUAGAGAUCCGUUGGGAUAUUAUCACAAAUUGCAUGCAAUGUAACUUCGGGAAUUUAUUCCUACAAAUGGUAAAAUGGAGUCGAGUAAAUCAAGUAGAC